AUGUCGUCCUCCUACUCGUAUUCGGCGGCCAUCUAUGCCCCCGAGCAGCCGAACGCCAAAAGCGAAGCAAUGAAAGGUGUCCGCAUCUCUCGCGGCCCAGCAGCUCCGACAAGCAGCGGCAGCCUCGGAAAAGCGCCGGAUCCGCAGGAAGACGACUUCAUGGAUUUCGAGAAGACGCGAAUCAAGCAGCUCCAGCACGAGAGGGUCGGCAUCCAGAAGAAAACUUUCUCGAAAUGGUGCAACUCCUUCCUCAAUCGGGCGAGGCUGGAAGUCGGUGAUUUAUUCAAGGAUCUCGAUGAUGGAGUGCUUCUCAUGAAGUUGCUCGAGAUCAUUUCUGGAGAGAAGCUGGGCAAGCCGAACAAGGGUCGUAUGCGUGUGCAGAAGAUUGAGAAUCUGAACAAGGUCCUCGACUUUUUGAAGAAGAAGAAAAUUCAGCUCGAAAACAUCGGAGCUGAAGACAUUCUCGACGGCAACGAACGAUUGAUUCUGGGCCUCAUCUGGACCAUCAUCUUGCGUUUCCAAAUCGACACUAUCGUCAUUGAUGCGGACGAACAAGAGACCGGCGAACGGAAGCACGCCAAGGAUGCUCUACUUCUUUGGUGCCAGCGCAAGACAGCCGGCUACAGAAACGUUAAGGUGGAAAACUUCACGAGCUCGUGGCGCAGCGGGCUGGCGUUCAACGCUCUCAUCCACGCUCAUCGUCCGGAUCUGCUUCACUACGACGGGCUGAACCCGCAGGACCAUAUGGGCAACUUGAACAACGCGUUCGACAUUGCCGAAAAGAAGCUGGAUAUCGCCAGGCUGCUGGACGCUGAAGACGUUGACGUGGGCCGACCCGACGAAAAGUCGAUCAUCACGUACGUCUCGCUCUACUACCAUCAUUUCGCCAAGCAGAAGACCGAGAUGACCGGUGCCAAGCGCGUUGCCAAUAUCGUUGGCAAGCUGAUGACGCAAGAGCAGAUGGAAGACGAAUACCAAGGCAUCGCCAGCGAUCUGCUCGAGUGGAUCAAGCAAACGAUUGCUAUGUUGAACAACCGCCGAUUCCCGAAUUCGCUGAAGGGCAUCCAAGAAGAGAUGGUCCGCUUCAACCAGUUCCGCAACAUCGAGAAGCCGCCCAAGUACAAGGAGAAGGGAGACCUCGAGGCGCUGUUCUUCAACAUCCAGACCAAGAGGAAAGCCAUGGGCAUGAGUCCCUUCGUUCCACAGCACGGCCUUUUCAUGAAAGACCUGGAGACGGCCUGGGAUCGAUUGGACAGCGCCGAAAACGAGCGCCAGACGGCGAUCAUCAACGAGAUGCUGCGACUCCAGAAGCUCGAGCAGUUGGCUGAACGUUUCUACCGCAAGGCCGAGCUGCGCGAUCACUGGCUGAGGGACAUGGGUGGUCAUCUCGACGAACUUGAGCUCGGACGCACGGCCAGCGACGUCGAGGCGGCGCUCAAGAAACAUCAGGCUAUCAGCGCCGACAUUCUACCCCGUGAGGAGCGCUUCCGCAUCUUGACGCGCAUCUGCGGCGAGCUCUCCGCCGGCAACUACCACGAAGCCGACCGCGUGCGUGCAAGGGAUCGUGAAAUCGCCGAGAAAUGGGCGCAUCUGCUGUCCGUGCUCGAGGCCAAGCGCAAGCAAAUUAUGGGCUUGAACGACCUGAUGGGCCUUUUACGCGACAUCGACACGUUGAGCAGCGAGCUGAAGCAUCUUGAGCCAGUGGCUCGUAAUCGCGACGUUGGCAAGCACAUCCUCGGCGUCGACGAUCUGAUUGGCCGCCACGAACUGGUCGAGGGUCAAGUGAAGGCGCACGGUGCCUGGCUCGACAACGUCUCCCGCCAAGCCCAACUCUACAUCCGCGGCAAGGGCGAGCAGCACGAGAUCCUCCAGCGGAAGCUCGAAGACGUCAAUGCGCAAUACGAGAACCUACGAGCACUCUGCCAGCAGCGCCGGAAUGCCUUGCACAAGGCGCGCGAACUGUUCCAGUUCAUUCAGGAUCACGAGGAGGAGAUGACGUGGCUGGCCGAGAAGGAGUCGCUAUGCCUGAACGCACUUCAGAAGGGCGACAUCGCGAAUGUGGCCAACAUUUCCCGCCUCCACAAGACCAUCGAAUCGGAGAUGAAAGCGCAUUGGACACGCACCAAGGAGAUCAUGGCCGCCGGCGAGCAGCUGGCGAUGGGCGGGCAAAGCCGAGAUGACGUCCAACGCCGCAUCCAGCAGAUCCAACACCGCUGGGAAUCCCUGCGAAAGGUCGUCGACGAUUUGUCGAACUGGCUGCAGGAGGCCGAACGUGCGCAGCAAUAUUUCCAGGACGCCAACGAGGCCGAGUCUUGGAUCCGCGAGAAGUUGCCGCUCGUCAAGUCCGACGACUAUGGCAAGGACGAAGGCCAGGCCGAAAGCCUCCUCCAACGCCACAACCGGCUCGAGGAGCAGAUUCACGCUUUCCGUUCGGACAUUAUUCGCCUGGAGGAAUCUGCUUCGCAGAUCGCCAGCACCAACUUGAUGACCGGUAUCCAUGCGGCCGAAGUGGACACUGAAGAAACCGUCGUUCCACAGAAGGUCGAUGACGUAGGCAAAGAGGAAAAGGUCGAGAUGCUGUACAAGUACUCUGGCAACGGGAUGGAGGUCAAGAAAGAGGAGAUCGUCGCCCUCAUCGACAAGUCGAACCCGGACUGGUGGAAACGGCUGCUCAGCGACAACAUCAAGCUGAUGCGCUUCUUCCGUGAAUGCGACGAAUUCGAGACUUGGGCUCAGGACACGAUGAACGUGCUCUCGGACGAGCCCUCUGUUGAACACAUUGAGGCGUUCCGCAAGAAGCUCGACAAGCUCGAGCACGACAUCGCCGCGAAUGGAGGCACCCAGCUGAGGCGAAUCAACGGCAUGGCCGAUGAGCUGACCGCCGAGGGGCACAGCGAGACGCGCCAAAUCGUCGCCCGCCAGCAGGCCGUCAACAAGCUGUGGGCCCACAUCGAACAACUGUUCCGCAACAAAACGGCUCGUGUGCAGACGCUCGAGCAGCUCGCCGACUUCAAUGCCAACUGCGCCGAUGCGGAGAGCUGGAUGAAGGCCAAGUUCGAUCUGAUCGACCGCAAGCCCCAGGAUCUCAAGUCGUUGCAGAAUUUGGAGCGCGACUUGAAGCCUUUGGAGGACAAGAUCCGGUCUCUCGAAGAGCUGGCGGAGCGCGUCAAGAAGUCAAACCCGGAAAUGGCCGCCGUCAUCCAAAAGAAGAUCAACGAGCUGCGCGGGAUGUACGCCGACCUGCUCAGCCAAGCCCGCCAAAAGAUCCAGCUGGCCGAAGAGACGCAAGGCCAGGAAAUGUUCGAUGGAGCGCUCGCGGAAAUGCACGCGUGGAUCGAAAAGACGAAGAAGACGCUCUCGGACAUGGAACGGCCCGUCGACGUGCAGACCGCCGAGGACAUGCUCAAGAAGCACGUCGAAUUGGGCGAACAAAUCAAGGACAAGAAAUACGCCGUCGAAUAUGUCCAAGAGCUCGGCCGGCGUCUGCUCGUCAAGAACCCGAAGCUGAACGUGGUCAAGGAGAAGCUCGAACAACUCCAGUACGCCAUGGCCGAGAUUGCGAACAUUUGGAAGUCGAAGCAUGCACACCUCAAGCAGCAGCUCGACCUACAGUUGUACAAUCGCGAGGCCGAGCGCAUCGAUGCGGCCACCAAGGGCCAUGAAGCUUUCCUUGAUUUUAAGGACCUGGGUGAUUCCGUCGACUCGGUUGAGAACCUCUUGAAGCGCCAUCGCGAUUUGGAGGCCAAGCUGGAUGCGCAAGAGGCUCGUCUCGAUGCUUUCAGCAAGAACGCCGACGAGCUGAUCCGGUUAAAGCACGCGGACAGCACAUACAUCCAUGAUCGCCGAAACGAGGUUCUGGCAAGACGUGAAGCUGUCCGUCGCGCCGCCUCCAAGCGCCGUGCCCAGCUCGAGGCCUCCCUGGAAUACCAGAACUUGCGCCGUGACGGAGACGAGAUGCUCCAGUGGAUCGGCGACAAGAAGAAGGUGGCGCUCGACGACACCCACCUCGACCUGCACACGAUCGACAUCAAGCUGCUCAAGCACGAGGCUUUCGAGGCAGAGAUCAAGGCCAACACGCAGCGCGUCGAAAACAUCAACAAGGAUGGCGCAAUGCUCGUUUCUCGCCACCACUACGAAUCGCCGAACAUCCAGAAGCUCGUCGAGCGCGUUAACAAGUCGUGGGCCGAGCUCAAAGACGCCGCCGCGCGCAAGGGCGAAAAGCUGAAGCAGGCCGCCGACCAAAAGAAUCUCAACCGCAUCUUGGAUGACGCGAACGCCAAGCUCGACGAGAUCGACGAGUCGCUGCGAAAUAAAGACGUCGGCAACGACCUGCGCGGCGUCAAGGAGCUCCUCCAGAAGCACACGACCGUUGAGCAGGAAAUGCACCUCUACGAGAACAAGUUGACGGAGAUCUCGCGCCGUGGCAAUGUGAUGGCUGGCGAAGGCCAUUUCGAUGCGGCUCGAAUCAUUUCUACCGUCAAGAGCCUCCUCCACCGCUUUGAGCAGUUGACCGGCCCUUGCUCAGCACGUCGUACGGCGCUCGAGGAAUCCCUGAAGUGGCACCAACUCGCCUUUGACGUCGACUGCGAGCUCCAAUGGAUUGCCGAAAAGGAGCCGCUGGCCGCUUCCGAAGAUACGGGCCGCACCCUGACCGAGGCGCUGAACGUCUUGAAGAAGCACGAGCAGCUCGAGGCCGAGGUCAAUCAGCAUAGCCGCCACAUCGAGGGCACCAUCCAUCGUGGUGACGACCUCAUCAAGGGACAUCACGCAGCACAGGCUGACAUCAAGGCAAAGUGUGAUCAACUGGCCGGCGCCUGGGCUCAUCUACAGCAGCUCGUUCGUCGCCGCAAGCGCAUCGUCGACUGGGGUGUGAAGGAGCAGCAAUACAUGUUUGACGCUGCCGAGGUCGAGUCGUGGAUGGCGGAGAAGCGGAUCCUGAUCGAAUCCCAGGAUUACGGACAAGACGAAGACGCUGCACAGAAGCUUCUCGCCCGGCACAAGGCUCUGCAAAACGACAUGAACACUUACAAACAAUGGGUCGAGCGUCUGGCUGUGAAGUGCGCCGAGUUGGUCGACUCUCAUCGGCCCCACGUCGACCGCUUCUCCAACAAGCAACGCGACCUUGAGGCCGAAUUCGAUCGUCUUUCCGAGCUGGCCGAUAAACGUCGCGCGCUGCUGGAAGACACGCUCUGCUUGCACGAAUACCUGAGGGAAAGCGCCGAGCUGGAGCAGUGGAUAAACGAGCAGCUGCAGACGGCGAUGAGCGAAGAAUACGGCGAUGACUACGACCAUUUGAUGGACCUGCAGACGCGCUUCGAAAACUUCCGCACCUCGGUCAAGUCGGGUAGCGAGCGAUUCAUCUCCUGCGAGCAAGCGGCCAACUCUAUUCUUCGUCGCAACACGCCGUUUGCCCGGGAUGUGUUGAAGAGGCAAGAACGACUCAGGACGGUCUGGCACCUCCUCGUCGAAUACAUGGAAUCUCGUGAGCAGAAGCUGAUGGCGGCCGAAGAACUCCAUCGCUUCAACCGCGACGUCGCCGAGCAUGAGCAGCGCGUCGCUGAAAAGCUGAGCAACAUGCCAACGGAGCUUGGCCGUGACGUGAAGCAAGUGCAUUCGCUCUGGCAAGCCCACGAAACUUUCGAGAAGCAGCUGGUCGAUAUGAAGGCUCGCCUCGACCAUUUGCUGCAAGAAAGCGCUCGUCUGAAGGAAGCUUACCCUGGCGGCAAUGCCGACCACAUCUCCCAGCAGCAAAUCGCGCUCACCGAGGGCUGGCAAGAGCUCGAAGAGGCGACGUUGAACCGAAAGGACCGCUUGCGCGCUGCCUACGACUUCCAUCGCUUUUUGGGAGAGGUCCGGGAUCUUCUUUCCUGGUGCGACCUGAUGGUGGCCGACAUGCAAACUGAGCAACAACUCCACGACCUCCAGGGCGCGCAGUGGCUGAAGGAAGAGCACUCGCGGCUCCAGUCUGAGAUCGAGGCCCGCGCUCCCGAAUUUGCCAAGCUCGACGGAACGGGCCGAAAGAUGAUUGCGGCCGAGCACUACGCCAGCGACGAGAUCCGUGCUCGUCUGCAACAAGUCGAGCGGGCCUAUCAGCAGCUGAAAAGCGAAUGGAAGUUGCGCGAAUCCUACCUGUCGCAAGUCGUCCAAUGGCACGCGUUGCAGCGUGAAGCCAAGCAGAUCAUGGCCACCAUCCAAAGCAAGCGCAACACCCUCAAGCAGUUGGCGAUUGGCGGAACCGUGGAUGAGGUGGAGGCCCAACAAAAGCGCCUGGAGACGUUCGCGAAGGCCCUUGUCACCCUUGACGGCCGUAUCGACACCCUCGACAAGAACUCGCGCUCCCUGAUCGACGGCAAGCACUUCGAGUCGGCCAACAUCGAGACCUGGCGCCAGAAAGUGCAUGAGGCGUUGGCCACGCUGAAAAGCGAGGUUGCCCAGCGACGCCGUGAGCUCGAUGGUGCGCUGGAAGAGGCCAAGUUCGGCGGUGACGUUCGCGACAUGGAGAGUUGGAUCUCCGAAAAGAUUCAAGCUAUUCGCAUCGAAACGGAACGCCAAGGCCAAUGUACAACGAUCGAGGACAAGAUGAAACGACUCCAACGCCACCAGGCCUUCGAAGGAGAGCUGGAUGCGAACCGUGGCCGCGUCGAAACGAUCCUGAAACGAGGCGCACAGCUCCAACGCGGCCGGAAUGGGCCCAUGGUUGGCGAGCAGUGCAACCGUUUGUCGCAGCGCUGGCGUGAGCUCGAAUCGGCGUGCACCGAACAAUCGCGUGCCCUGGAGGAAGCCCGAGAUUUGCUGAGGUUCAAACAACUCGUUGAUCGGGUCUUACAAUGGAUUCGCGAGCGGGAGAGCAUGGUACAUGCUGGCGACAUGGGCAACGACCUCGAGCAUUGCAAUCUGCUGAUCGACCAACUGGACGGCACCAGCGCGGACAACUCUGUCGACGAGAACACCUUGCAAGAGAUCAACGAACUCGGCGACAAGCUCGUACGCCAGGGCAGGAGCAGCCAGAAAGAGGUGCACGAGCAGAAGACGAUCAUCAACCAGAGUUGGCAAGCGCUCCAGUCCGACAUUCGCGCCUAUCGUCAGCAGUUGAAGGCGGCCCUCGAGGUGCACGGCUUCAACAGGGACAUCGAAGACACCAAUGAGCGUAUCCACGAGAAGAUUGUCGCCGUAAAGAGCGACGACUUUGGAAGGGACUUUGCCAGCGUCGAUCAGCUUAUGCGAAAACAGCAUGCGCUUGAAAGGGACAUGGAGGUCAUCCAUGCCAAGCUCGCCGCCCACGACCAAGAGGCGCAGACCAUCCUCGCCAAGAAGCCACCGCUCAAGGAAACUAUUCUGAACUCGCUGCAACGCCUCGAGCAAAGCUGGAAGGAGCUCUCCGACUCGGCCGAGCAGCGGCACGCCAAGCUGGAGCGCUCUCAUCAACUUUACAAGUAUUUCGACUCGGUGAAGAAAGCCGACCAAUGGGCGUCGAACCUGCGCACGAAGAUGACUUCGCACAAGCCGCCCAAGACCACGACUGAGGCCCGUCUUCUCAUCCAGCAACAUCAAGAACGCAAAGCGGAAAUCGACGGUCGCCAAGUCGAGAUCCGAGUGCUACACGAAGAGGGACAACGCCUGAUCGCCGAGCAGCCAGAGCACAAAGGAGAAGUUCAACGUGCCCACAAGCGAGUGCAAAACAGCGAGCAUCAACUCCGGCAAACAUGGGAGCAAGAGAAGGCGUCUCUGGCUCGAGCUCUCGACUGGCUCUUGUACUCUGAUCAAUGCGGACUCGUCGAAGCGUGGCUGGCAAGCAAAGAAGCUGUACUAAAGGAUCACGACCUCGGCGACAAUUUGGAGGCUGUGCAGAUGUUGAUCAAGAAACACGACGCCUUCGAAGAGACUGUCAAGACUCAGUCUGACAAAAUCGAAUCGGUGAAGAAGGACGCCGACGCCCUGCUGUCCCAUGGCAACGACUAUUCGGUCCAAAUCGAAGAAAGACGUGAUGAGGUCGUGGCUCGCUACAAUGCUCUGCUCCAACAAUCGGCCCACCGGCGGACGAUGCUGCUCGACAGCCAGAAACUGCUCGACUUUGUGCGGUCUUGCGGCGAGCUGAUCACUUGGAUCAACGCCAAGCUUCAACUGGCCUACGACGAAAGCUACCUGGAUCCGGCCAACCUUCGCUCCAAGCUCCAAAAACAUCUGGCAUUCGACAGCGAGCUGGCCGAGAACGAGAAACGCCUCAACUUUGUCGUCAACGAGGGCAACAAGCUGAUCAAGGAGAACCACUUCUCGAAGCAAGAGGUCGAAGCUCAGCUGUCCGAGCUGAAGGGAGGCUGGGAGGAGCUGAGGAACAAGAGCGCUUUGAAGACGCAACGCCUGCGCGAAGCCUACGAUGCUUUCACGCUGGCAAGGAAGGUGGAUGACGUUGAAAGGUGGCUCGACCACAUCGAAGGCGGGCUUGCAUCGGAAGAUCACGGAAAGGACGUCCACUCCGUCGAGCACCUUGUCAAGAAGCUCGAUGCCACGCAGGCGGAAGUCGCUGGCCGCAGCGACCACGUUGCCGAAGUGAUGACGAAGGCCCGAGAGCUGAAAUCGAAGAGCGCCACCGACACGGCCGAAUUGCUGAAGUCUGCCGAACAAGUCGAACUGCGGUACGCGCAACUCGGCGAGCCGAUCAAGAUCCGGCGCGAGAACCUGCUCGACGCCAAGAAGCUGUUCGAGUGGGAGGCCGAGGCGCAAGAGGAGACUGAAUGGAUGCACGACCGGAUGCCGCUCGUCCGAAGCGCCGAUUUUGGGGACAGCCUCCACUCGGCCGAGCAUCUCAGCAAGAAGCACGCACUUUUGGAAGCGGAAUUGGACACUCGUCACGCCUCUCUCAACGAGGUCGAGCGCAAGGGCCUCGAGAUGGUGCGUGCCCGACAUUUUGCCAGCACCCAGAUUGAGCGCCGCGUCGACGAGUUGAUGGGUACGAUGUUGCAGCUAAAGGAACUGUCGAUCACCAGACGCCGCAAGCUUGAUGCGGCGGUGAUUUCGCAAAAGUACUUUGCCGACCUGGGCGAUGCUGAACAGUGGAUCCGCGACCGGAUGCCGUUGACGAACAGCCAGGACAGCAGCAAGGACCAAGCGGCAGCCGAGUCGCAGCUGCGCCGCCUUGGAUUGCUGGAGAAGGAGGCGAUCAAAUUCCGCGAGGAAAUUGACCGGUUGAAGGCGACGGCUGACCGACUUGUGCACGACGACCACCACGACACGACGCAGAUUGCCGCGCGGCAAAACCGGCUCGAGGGCUCGUACGCGGAGCUGAUCCGCGCCAUCGGUGUCCGCAAGACGCAUCUGGCCGACUCGAGCCGAUACCACGCCUACGUUCGCCAGGCCGACGAUCUGAUGGACUGGCUGCAUGAGAAGGAACGCGCUGCCGCAGCCGACGAGUACGGCCGUGACCUCGAGGAGUGUCAGAGGUUGAUCGAAGAGUUCGACACUGUCGUCAGGGAACUGGCGGCCGCUGGCGAGCGUGUGGCUAGUGUCAAUCGCACGCAAGAAGAGCUCCUCAGGACCGGACAUCCGUUUGGUGCCUCGAUCCGUGCCAAGGGCGACGAUCUCUCUCGACUUUGGCAAGGCGUCAACGAGAGCGCCAAUGAGCGUCAACAAGCCCUCACCGGUGCCAAGCAAGUGCAUCGCUUCGACCAAGAGGCCGACGAGACGAUCAACUGGCUGCAAGAGAAGGAAGCCGAUGGUGUUGCCCUGGAGAACGUCGACCUGACCGGCGCCGACCUGAACACGCUGACCAGCGAGCGGCAGCGCCUCGAAGAGUUCAUCCACGGGCUGACGGCCGUGGAGAAACAGGUGACCGAGCUGUGCCGGGAGGCUGAUCGUCUCGAGAGCCUCUACCCCGCGACCAAGGACCACUUGCUUGGCCGGAAGAUGGACAUGAACAUGCUACUCAACGACAUCACCGAGAGCGCCAACAAGCACCGCGAGCGGCUUAGCCACACCGAGCAGCUGCAAGCCUACUUCCAAGAACACCGAGAGCUCAUCUCGUGGAUCAAGCGUCUUUUUACAACAAUCACCGCCGAGACGCUCCCGAAAGACGUACACGCUUGCGAGGCUUUGGCCAACCGACACAAUGAGUAUCAUUCGGAGAUGAUCGGCCGCAAAGGACACAUCGAUUCGUUCUGCAACCGAGGGCGAUCGCUCGUUCAACAGGGCCAUGUCCUUUCCCAAGAGAUCCAGCGCAAGGUCGAACAGCUCGAGCGUGCUUACCAUGGCGUCGAAAGCGUGUGGAACGAACGAAACGAGCUCUACGUCGAGAACAUGGACGUGCAGCAGUGGAAGGCCAACGCGAACACGCUGGAACAAUGGAUGACGGAAAGGGAGAACCUCCUCGGCGACGAUUGGAAGUAUGUCGAUUCGGUGGCCACCGCCGACGAGCGGCUUCGCGACUUUGACGACUUCCUGGUGACCGUCGAUGCUCAAGGAGAGCGGUGCGAGGGUGUCAAGCGGCAGACGCUGCUUGAAAAGAACUUCUCACGCCAGCUGCAAAGAGAGGCCGAACGCCGGCUUGACCAAGAGGAAACAACGCGACGGCGCGAUACAAUCAAGGUCGUCGAGAAGGGCAACCUAUUGGCUAACCGAAGGCAAGACCGUGAGAGGAGGAAGACUCAGGAAAUUAGUCUGAUGAAGCCGUCGGCCUCUGGUGAAGACUUCGCCUCGCAGACGCUGCCCAGGAAGCUGGAUGGCCGACGCGAGCGCAGCAAGACGACGGCUCUUGGUGAGCCGGUGGUCUCGGUUUCUGGGCCCUCGACCUUGCCAAUCGUUGGCUCGGCGUCCCAUCACGGCGAGUCGUCGACUAGCAGCAUGUUGGCGCCCCACCACGAAUUGCCGCAAUCCCAGAUCCAUACCGUCACGCCAGGAUUCAGCACCCGCCGCGGCACUUCCAUCCGCCGUUCCAGUGGCCAUCGUAUGGCUGACGAGCAAUCCUCGAUUGAUAUGACUGGCUACGUCGACCGCAAACAAGAACUGCAGUCCGGCGGCAAGAAGGCGACGCUCCGAUCGUGGAAGAACUACUACACAAUCCUGUGUGGCCAGCUGCUGUGCUUCUUCAAGGACGAAGAGGCUUUCAUGGGCAACAAUGCCGCAUCGCCACCGGUCUGCAUCUACAACGCCAUCUGUCAGCAGUAUCCGGAGUACGCGAAGCGCAAGCACGCCUUCAAGCUGAUCACGCAGGAUGGCGCCGAGUACCUGUUCGCCUGCAGCGAGGAACGACAAAUGCUUGAAUGGGUCGCUAAGAUCAAAUUCCACGCUUCGCUGGAGCCGUCGGCCCAGUUGACCGCCUUCAGCCAGAGUGCCGCGAUGGAGCUGUCCGCGCAUGGGCACGUCCCCGUCCCGCCGCCCCGGAACAUCCCCUAUCAGUCGACCUCUCGCUCCGACAUCCUGAUGAGGCAGCACGAAAUGGGCGCCUCACAAUCGACCGAUUCGGGCCCUGACUCGCGUCGUGCCAGCCAGCUGAGCAGCGACUUUGCCGAUUCCCAACGGAACCGUCCUGAUGUCUACCGAGAACGAGCUUCCACCCAGCAGUCGCACACCAGCUCCAAUGGUCAUCACGAGUAUCGUCAGACGGCCAGCUACGAGAGGUCGGAGACGAGGGAGCGAGUGAACGAGGGCUCUCAAUUCAUCUCGUGGGUCGAGGAGCAGAACAACCCGCACGCUGCCGCCGCCACGAUGUCCAGCCAGAAUGGAGGCCAUUCGGAGACGGACGACGAUGCUUCGGUCAAGGGUUCAAGACGCCGCGGUUUCUCGUCGCUCUUCUCGCGCUCGUCGAAGAAGUCGAACAAA